AUGCGCCAUCUUUUAAAUCUCGUCCUGGUGUAUGCUGUUGGCGCAUUCGGCAUAAAUGUGACUGCGCAUGUUACUCACUUGGAAGAGUUUCAAGGCGAGGAGAGGGCCUCCGUGUGGAAUCAUGUCGUCGAAACUUCCCAAACAAUUCGUGGUUGGCUUGAAUGGAUUGGUAAAAAGUUGCUUUAUUUACUGAAACGAUUUAUUGGGUAUCAGCCACCAGUGAAUGCAUCAAAGACUCGAUUGGAGACAAAGAGCGCACCGUUGCAAGAAAAAGAAACUAUAAAUCAUGCCGGAGACGCACCGUUGCUAGAGAAGGCAACAAUUGAACAUGCCGCCACACAGAGCGGUACAGAAACGAACCUCGAGUCUAAUCUUCAAAAGCAGACGCACAUGGUGGAAGAUGAAUUGAAAGCCCAUAGUAUUCCCGACGUCGUAAAGCUCCCAGCGUUAGAGCUUGAUAAAGCCUCUUUAAAAGUAUAUCAAAAUUUGAUCGAACAAAAAACACCCGAGAACAUGGCAAAUUCUCUGCGAGGAACUGCAUUUAGAACCCUUAUCUUUGGGAGGGACCUAUUCAAAAAUGUAGUGCAUCCGUACGUCAAAGCCUGUGAGGACACCGCAAAAACCAGAAGUGGGGAUACGUGGGGUGUGGAGGCUGCCUUUAAAAUGCUACAAGCAAGUGGAAUGUUACAUUCAUUUACUAAAAAGCUAGAAGACAUGGAGAAAGCAGCCGAUGGAACGCAAAAAAGUGCCACCACUCUACGAAUUCGUUUGGGGCUGAACGAACUUGCGUUAAAGAAGAAGUGGACGAAAGAAGACGUUUCAAAACUUUUUGGAAAAAAUAUUCUGAUUGAAACAGCUCUUUAG